UCCGGGUUUAGCCGGCAGUGCAGCCAUUUGUGUGUGUGUGUAUGUGUGUGUGUGUGUGUGUGUAUGUGUGUGUGUGUGAGUGCGUGUGAGUGUGUGUGUGUGUGUAUGUGUGUGAAGGCGUCUUCUGUGGCUCGGCUUUGUGCCUGGGCUCAGUCUACACGGAGCGACCUGGCGGAUGCUGACUCGAGGUGGAGGCCAGACCCCCGCCACUCGAGUCAAGUCGGAUGUGCUUCAGGAUCGGGGAAGGAAGCGGUGAGCCCAAUUUCGUUCUGACGCUGAGUCGUGAGCGGCUCAGACCCGCCCCGAUCCUCACAACGGGCUCACGGACGUCCAGCUUGGCACCACACCACACCUGGAAGAGACCAUGGAGCAGCAAGAUGAUGAGUCCCUGGAGUCCCUGCAGGCCUGUGUAGAGAACUUUGUUCUACCCCAAGAGAUGAUCAUUGAAGUGGAUGGAGAAGAUGCUGGGUCACUGGACAUCAUGCCUCAGGAAAGCACAGACUUCAAGAUUGUGACAGUGGAUCUUACAGAGGAGGGACAGAGCAAGUGGAGCAAUGCCCAGAGAAUCCCAGAGAAAACUGUGAUCCUGGAAGGCCACAGGGACCUAUGGGACUUGCCAGCUGUACAUGGAACAGAAGAAACAACCUCAAAGCAGACAGUCUUUGAUGAAGAACCGUCUCAUGGAUUGAAGCUAGAAGGGUUGGCAAGAGACAAUCCUUGGCUAUCAUCUUGUGAAGAAGUCCGUGGCUGUAAGGAGCAGUUGGAGAAACAACAGAACAAGCAAGAGGAGGUAGCCUUUACCCAGGGUAGAGCCGGUUCCGCUGAUACUGUCUACAGGAGUCAUGACCUUGACAGGAGUUGCCUGAGUACCAGUGGGCCUUCAUUCCCCAUGAUACCCCUCGGAAACCAUUUUCAUAAACAGGUGCCAUGUGUUAAAAAGUUACAGGGUGAUACUGUUGCAAACAGUCACCAAAAGAUCAGCGAUAACUCGGAUCUCCUUGAGGAUGACAAAUCUGGGGAAGUUCCUCAGAGCAUUCAUCCCUCUCAGUUUAUAAGAACCCCACAAGGAGAUAAAGCCUAUGAAUUUAACGGUCGUGUUCAACCUUUUGGCCGAGGUACACCCCUAAACCUAAAUGAGAAGGUUCGUUUGGAAGGUAAAACCUUUGGCUUUAAAGGGCGCGGGCAAGUUUUAAACCGUAACAUAGUCCUCAGUGAGCAACAGAAGCUUCUCGUUAAAGAGGGCCAGUAUAAAUGUAGUAAAGCGGCCCCAAGUCCAUCUCUUCCUCAAAACAUGAGAAACUACUCUGAGGAGAAGCGCUUUGAAUGUAAGUACUGUGGCAAAUCCUUCAGCUGGAGCUCGCAUCUCAUUGCACACCAAAGAACCCACACAGGGGAAAAGCCGUACAAAUGCAAUUUGUGUGGGAAGUUCUUCACCAGGAGCUCACAUGUUGUUUCUCAUCAGAGGAUUCAUACUGGAGAGAAACCUUACAGGUGCAAUCUAUGUGGGAAGUCCUUUACGCAGAGAUACGUCCUUGUGGUACAUCAAAGAACUCACACUGGCGAGCGGCCUUAUGAGUGCACCCAGUGUGGGAAGUCCUUCCGCCAGAGCUACAAACUCAUCGCACAUCAAAGAACCCACACAGGAGAGAAGCCAUACGAAUGUACCCAGUGUGGGAAGUCAUUCAUCCAGAGUUACAAGCUCAUUGCACAUCAGAAAAUUCAUUCUGGGGAAAAACCUUAUGAGUGCAGUCACUGUGGCAAGUCCUUCAGUCAAAGCUAUAAGCUUGUUGCACACCAGAGGACUCACACAGGAGAGAAACCCUUUGAGUGUAAUUACUGUGGGAAAUCAUUCAGCUGGAGCUCCCAGCUGGUGUCUCAUCAAAGAACCCACACAGGAGAGAAACCUUAUGAGUGUAAUGAAUGUGGGAAAUCAUUCAAUCGCAGCUCGCACCUUGUCAUGCAUCAGAGAACUCAUACUGGAGAGAAGCCGUAUCAGUGUAAGCAGUGCGGGAAAUCCUUCAGUCAGAGCUACGUACUUGUUGUUCAUCAGAGGACACACACUGGGGAAAAGCCUUACGAGUGUGGCCAGUGUGGGAAGACGUUCAGGCAGAGCUCCUGCUUCACUCAGCAUCAGAGGACUCACACUGGAGAGAAGCCCUAUGAGUGUAAUCAGUGUGGGAAGACAUUCAGCCUAAGUGCCCGGCUUAUCGUCCACCAGCGAACUCACACUGGGGAAAAGCCCUACAAGUGCAGCCAGUGUGGGAAAGGCUUCAGUCACAGAUCGGUUCUUAAUGUUCAUCAGAGAAUCCACACUGGAGAGAAGCCAUACAAGUGUGAGGAGUGUGGGAAGGACUUCAGCCGGAGUGCCUACCUUCAAGCCCACCAGAGAGUUCACACUGGAGAGAAGCCAUACAAGUGUGAGGAAUGUGGGAAGGGCUUCAGCCGAAAUGCAUACCUGCAAGGCCACCAGAGAGUUCACACUGGAGAGAAACCAUACAAGUGUGAGGAGUGUGGGAAGGGCUUCAGCCGGAGUUCACACCUGCAAGGCCACCAGAGAGUUCACACAGGAGAGAAACCGUACAAGUGUGAGGAGUGUGGGAAGAGCUUCAGCUGGAGCUUUAAUCUUCAAAUUCAUCAGCGGGUUCACACCGGAGAGAAACCCUAUAAAUGUGGAGAAUGUGGCAAAGGCUUCAGUAAGGCCUCAACUCUCUUGGCCCACGAGAGAGUACACACAGGAGAGAAACCUUACCAGUGUCAUGACUGUGGCAAGAACUUUAGUCAGAAAUCUUACCUUCAAAGCCAUCAGAGUGUCCACUCUGGAGAGAGACCAUACAUAUGUGAGGUGUGUGGGAAGGGCUUCAGUCAGAGAGCGUAUCUACAAGGUCACCAGAGAGUCCACACUCGAGUGAAACCAUAUAAAUGUGAGGUGUGUGGGAAGGGCUUCAGUCAGGGUUCACGCCUUGAGGCACACCGGAGGGUCCACACAGGAGGAAAACCAUUCAAAUGUGAGACCUGCACAAAGGGAUUCAGUGAGAGUUCCCGCCUCCAGGCACAUCAGAGGAUCCAUGCAGAAGGAAGACCCUACAAAUGUGACCAGUGUGGUAAGGGCUUCAGUGGCUAUUCCAGUCUCCAAGCCCAUCACCGAGUCCACACUGGAGAGAAGCCGUACAAAUGUGAGGUGUGUGGGAAGGGCUUCAGUCAAAGAUCGAAUCUCCAAGCUCAUCAGCGCUUGCACACAGGGGAGAAACCUUACACGUGUGAUGCAUGUGGUAAGGGUUUCCGUUGGAGCUCAGGCCUUCUGAUACAUCAAAGGGCCCAUAGCAGUGAUAAGUUCUGUAGGAGUGGGGAGUACAGGAGCAGUUAUCUGCCUGAGAACCUAUGCAGAAACGAAGGCCUGUAAAAUGCCCUUCUGUUGUGUUAAUGGAGACAUACUGUUUGUACCCACCGUGAACACUGAUGGUGGCUAGGAAAGGACACAGCAGAGAGCUCUAAUGAAAGGGCUCUACUGAGAGUUUUCGAAACCUCAGCAAGCUAUGGUGGAGAACCAAGAACUCCCAACACCACAUAGUUCAGCAGGGAUUAACAACAACAACAAACAAAAAAAAUGAUAUCUAUGUCCACUAGAACAUAACCUGGUGAUAGAGGAAACUGUCCAUUGCCAAGGCUGCGGGAGUGUGACUGGAGAGAUGGCUCAGCGUGACGAACACUGGCUGCUUUGGAAGAGGACCACGCGGCAGCUAUCUGACACCUUCAUGGUGCCCAGAUGUAUGUGCAGGCAAGAAACUCAUAUACAGAAAAAUGAAUAAAUAAAAUUGAUCCAUACUCCUUUAUAACUUAAAGAUUUAGUCAGUGCUGUUUGCUCUAUGAGUGAAAAUAUGCAAAGAAACAACAUUUGAAACUAAGUUUAUUUCAAAAUGGAUUAGGAGAGAUCUUAUCAAGGUAUACAAGAUAUCUUGUCUUAUAUCAGUGCAAAUAAAUGAGUUCCAUUUGAAAUGUAGGACCUUCAGGAAUAUUUUCAUCUGCAAUAACCACCGUUUGGUUAGUUAGCAUCCUCUU